CCAAGGGGCAUUGCUGUAGUACCUUACUUGGACGACAUUCUGAUUCAAGCGUCGUCCCUUCCUCAAGCAAAGGCUCACACGGACAUUGUCCUGGCCUUUCUCAGAUCUCAUGGAUGGAAAGUGAACGUGGAAAAGAGUUCUCUAUCUCCGUCAACAAGGGUUCCCUUCUUGGGAACAAUAAUAGACUCCUUAGAAAUGAGGAUUUUUCUGACAGAGGCCAGAAAAACAAAACUUCUAGACUCUUGUCGGAUACUCCAUUCCGUUCCUCUUCCUUCCAUAGCUCAGUGCAUGGAAGUGAUCGGGUUGAUGCUAAGACCAUUACAACUGUGCAUGCUCAGUCAGUGGAAUGGGGACUAUACAGACUUGUCUCCGAAGAUACAAGUAAAUCAGAGGACCAGAGACUCACUCCGUUGGUGGCUGUCCCUGGACAACCUGUCACGAGGGAUGACAUUCCGCAGACCAGAGUGGGUCAUUGUCACGACCGACGCCAGUCUGAUGGGCUGGGGCGCGGUCUGGGGAUCCCUGAAAGCUCAGGGUCUUUGGUCUCGGGAAGAAUCUCUUCUACCGAUAAAUAUUCUGGAACUGAGAGCGAUAUUCAAUGCUCUCAAGGCUUGGCCUCAGCUAGCGAGGGCCACGUUCAUACGGUUUCAAUCAGACAACAUGACAACUGUUGCGUACAUCAACCAUCAGGGGGGAACAAGGAGUUCCCUGGCGAUGGAAGAAGUGACCAAAAUCAUUCUAUGGGCGGAGUCUAACUCCUGCCACCUGUCUGCUAUCCACAUCCCAGGAGUGGAAAAUUGGGAAGCGGAUUUUCUGAGUCGUCAGACAUUGCAUCCGGGGGAGUGGGAACUCCAUCCGGAAAUCUUUGCCCAAGUCACUCAGCUGUGGGGCAUUCCAGACAUGGAUCUGAUGGCCUCUCGUCAGAACUUCAAAGUUCCUUGCUACGGGUCCAGAUCCAGGGAUCCCAAGGCGGCUCUAGUGGAUGCACUAGUAGCACCUUGGACCUUCAAACUAGCUUAUGUGUUCCCACCGUUUCCUCUCAUCCCCAGGCUGGUAGCCAGGAUCAAUCAGGAGAGGGCGUCGGUGAUCUUGAUAGCUCCUGCGUAGCCACGCAGGACUUGGUACGCAGAUCUGGUGAAUAUGUCAUCGGCUCCUCCUUGGAAGCUACCUUUGAGACGAGACCUUCUUGUUCAGGGUCCGUUCGAACAUCCGAAUCUGGUUUCACUCCAGCUGACUGCUUGGAGAUUGAACGCUUGAUCUUAUCGAAGCAAGGAUUCUCAGAUUCUGUUAUCGAUACUCUUGUUCAGGCCAGAAAGCCUGUAACUAGAAAGAUUUACCACAAAAUUUGGAAAAAAUAUAUCUGUUGGUGUGAAUCUAAAGGAUUC